AAAAAUAUUUUUUAUUUUUAUUGUAAGAACAUGUUAGCAACUACAGCACCAAACUCUUUAGUUAUGAACCCAACUUCAAUGUUAGUAGAGAUGAAAAGCUUCAUUCCUUCUUCAUAUACUUUCGAAACAGAAAUCCAGAAGAUAAAGCAAGAACUUCUCCAAGGAGAUUUAGACUGUAGUGCGAAAGAUGAAACAAAUGAACAAUAUCUUUAUGAAAUGCAGGAUAUUAUUGACCAUCUACCUAAACUUCCUGAAAUACAACAACAAAAGCUUACUA